ACAAUUCCUUUCGUUUUCGUUCGAGAAAAUCAUUUACUCUUCUGGUCCCGCUUAAUCGUGGGUCGUGGCCAUGGAAACGCUGUCCUACAUCUCCCUCACCCUUGCUCUCCUCCUCUUCAUCAAACUUUUAUUGUUCCCCAGGAAUAGGAAAAACUUCCCUCCAAGCCCUCCAUCGCUCCCCUUCAUAGGUCACCUUUAUCUAUUCAAGAAUCCCCUCCAUCGCGCCCUCGCUCGCGUUGCCGAUCGUUAUGGCUCCGUCGUCCUCCUCCAUUUUGGCUCCCGCCCGGUCCUCGUCGUCUCCUCGCCCUCCGUCGCCCAGGAGUGCUUCAAGACCAACGACAUCACUUUUGCGAACCGCCCCCACCUCCCCUCGUCAAAGCACAUCAACAAUAGCAACACUACUCUUGGUUCUUCUGGCUACGGGCCCUAUUGGCGCAAUCUCCGCCGCAUCGCCACCGUCGACGUCCUCUCCAACCACCGCCUUCUCUCCUCCUCCGAUGUAAGGGCUGCGGAGGUGCGACUCCUGGCCCGCCAACUCUUCCGAAAGUGUGAGGCCGGAGCGGAGGGGUUUGCGAAGGUGGAGUUGAAGUCGAGGCUUUUCGAGUUGGCGCUGAACGUGAUGAUGAUGAUGAUUGCUGGGAAGAGGUACUACGUUGAGGAGGGGGAGGUCUCGCAGGAGGCGAGGCAGUUUAGGGAGACGGUGGAGGAAACCUUAAUGCUUGAUGGUGCAACGAAAUUACGGGAUUUCUUGUUCGUGUUAAGGUGGUUCGAUUACCAAAUGAAGAAGAAGUUGGUGAGGUUGGAGAGGGCGAGGAGUGAGUUCAUGCAGAGACUGAUGGAUGGGGAAAGAAAGGAGUGCGAGGAGGAAGGAGGAGAAACACAGAAAAAGACAACUAUGAUUGCUCAUCUGUUAUCGUUGCAAAAGACGGAUCCCGAGAACUAUACCGACCAGGCAAUCAAAGGGCUUAUCACGAGUUUAUUACAAGCGGGAACGGAUACAUCAUCAAACACUACUGAAUGGGCAAUGUCACUCCUACUCAACAAUCCAGAGACAUUGAAGAAGGCUCAGGCUGAGAUUGAUGCGCGUGUCGGAAACGAGCGCCUGCUGCAAGAAUCGGAUCUUCCUAAUCUUCCAUACCUCCAGUGUAUCAUCAGGGAAACACUUCGAAUAUGCCCCGGUGUCCCACUCCUCGUGCCUCAUGAAUCCACAAAUGAGUGCAUCGUGGGGGGCUUCAAUGUUCCACGCGGAACCAUGCUACUGGUUAAUGCUCACUACAUUCACAGGGACCCUAAGAUAUGGGAGGAACCUACAAAGUUCAAGCCUGAGAGAUUUGAGGAUGGGAAAGAUGAAGGGAAGCUGAUGAUCCCAUUUGGGAUGGGAAGGAGGAGGUGCCCAGGGGAAGGCCUGGCCAUGAAAGAGGUCGGCCUAACACUUGGGACCUUGAUCCAAUGCUUUGACUGGAAGAGGGUGGGAGAAGAACAGGUGGACAUGACUGAAGGCUCCGGGCUGACCAUGCCCAAGGCUGUUCCACUGGAAGGAAUGUAUCGUCCACGCCGUGCCAUGGUUCGUGCUCUUUCAGGACUUUGAGUCGCUGGGAUAUGCAUCUAUGCGGCAUUGAAUCAGUAGCCAAGUGGACGGGAUUUUCAAUUUGUAGCCAAGUGAUACGUAUAUGGUCUUGCGUAGUAGAUCUAUUUUAUGUUUGAUGGUACCACUCCCUCUGGGUUGUGCUUAAUUCCAAGCUAUAUGGUCGAGGGAAAUAUUAAAAGUAUCCGGAGCACCGUUAUUUUCUGUAAGAUUUUAUAACAACUCAAGACUUCACCCAAAAUAGGUAGUCGGAAAGUAUUAUUUGAGUUUUUUAAUCAUGUAUAAGUACCCAAUAUUUACUCAGUAAAUAACCGA